CAGACAUGGCAGAGGAACAGCAGAACCGGCUUCAAAAUGCGAUAGACACUAUGGUGAAGAGCUUGGAAAGGGACAACAUUAGGAAAAUGCAGGGGAAGAUGUUCCGGUGCAGCGCGCAGUGCUGUGAGGAUAAUGGCGCUUCCAUGCAGCAGGUGCAUCACUGUAUAGAGCGCUGUCACACGCCUCUCGCUCAAGCACAGAGUCUGGUCACCAACGAGCUGGAGAGGUUUCAGAACCGUCUCGCCCGCUGUACCAUGCACUGCAACGAUAAAGCUAAAGAUUCCUUUGACUCUGGGAGCAAAGAAGCCCAAGUGAAAGCCCAGCUGGAGGGCUGUGUCAUUAAAUGUGCAGAGGAGCACAUGAACCUCAUUCCCAGUAUGACCAAGAAGCUGAAGGAUGCCUUAGCGCAGGCUGACAAAUGACGUUGUCAAGGUCGAAUUUCAAUGGAAAGGCAAUGUGGCUAGAGACAUUCCAACAGUCUUGGGUGCUGCUUGAGAGCACCCAUAAGCCCUAGCAUGGCACGGGAGUUCGGUUAGAAAUAUUCUGUGACUUUGUUGGAGGUGGCAUCAGUUAAACAAUAGGAAGAGAUCCUUCCUUGAAAAAACCAGCUGGCUGACCAGUUACCUGACUAAGCAAGACAAGAUGGCUGCACAAUUACAGAACUGUCAUUGCGGACUUCUUCUACUGCCCAAGGCCUGUGUUGUUUAAAACUUUAUUGAAUAUUAAAAAAAUUAUAAAAACUGGUAA